UCACGAGACGCAGAACAAACGGAGAGAGCAUGAAGAGAAAAACACGAGCAGAACACGGCAGAGAUUCUGCGAUGGAUCACAACACGGAGCGAUUUAAAGCGCUUUCCCUCUUCAGAUGCUGGAUUUCGCUCAUGGCCUUCACAGCGGUGUCCUGGUGCGAGGCCGUGCAGGUGUCGGUCCGUGACGAGCGGCGCUUUGCGAUGCUCUUCCAGUCGGUGGUUCUGCCGUGUCAUUACACCAGCGUCUCCACUCAGACUCCAGUCAUCCAGUGGUGGUACAAGUCGUACUGCCGCGAUCGCAGCCGCGACGCCUUCCGCUUCCCCGACACGCUGGCGGUCCACGGCUCUGAGCUCGGCUCCUCCGUUCACCUGGACUGCGGGGACAGCGGGCGGACGGUGCGCGUCGUGGCCUCGGGACAGGGGUCGUCCAUCACCCUCGCCGAGCACUACAAGGGCCGGGACAUUUCCAUCAUCAACAAGGCUGAUCUGCGUAUCGGUGAGCUGCAGUGGGGUGACAGUGGUGUUUACUACUGUAAGGUGGUGAUCUCUGAUGAUCUGGAGGGACAGAAUGAAGCGCACGUGGAGCUGCUUGUGUUGGGUCAGACAGGUUUGGCCGAUGGUCUUCUGCCUGGGUUUAAUGUGGAGAUUGUUCCAGAGUGGGUGUUUGUGAGCGCCGUGGUCGUGGGCAGUAUCCUCGUCAUUCUGCUGGUGGGCGUUUGCUGGUGUCAGUGUUGCCCUCAUUCAUGCUGCUGUUACGUGAGAUGCUGCUGCUGCCCAGAUACCUGCUGCUGCCCGCGACACCUGUAUGAAGCAGGAAAGGGGAUCAAGACGACGCCGCCCACACCGGUGCCCAUGUUCCCGCCAUACUACAUACCUGGGAUGCCCACCAUGGUGCCCAUCGCUCCGCCCUCCCUCAUCGACCCGAACCUGUCCGCUGCACCGUCACUGGAGAACAACGGCUCAGUGCGGAGUGGUUUCCAUCUGCAGCCUGCGUCAGAUCAGAGCUCUCUGAAGGUGCUGCAGUACGUGGAGAAGCAGCUCGCUCAGUUCAACCCGUCACAGGCGCUCAGCAGCAGCCGAAACUCCUGCAGUAUGUCCGAGCUGAGCUCGUUACACGACGCAGAAACUGACUUCCGUCAAACCUACCGACAAGUCCAGAAAAAGGCGCUACCGGCCAUUCCUGAUCUCGAUGACCCCACCGACCUCCGGGCCGCAGACUUAUCUCCCGUUCACGAGGGAAGGUACACACGACAGCCACAGCGUAGAAAUGACGCGGCGGAUGAACACCCCAGGUGGAACCCUCGCUCAGAGCACCUGCAGAGGAAGGCUUUCCUGGAACGUGGACGCACUGGAUCCCUGGAUGAGCUCGAGGAGUUUGCGAUGGCGUAUAUGCAGCGAGGACGUCACGGUGAUGUCGGAAACAGGGAGGACGACUACAGAGCGCACGAGCGGGAGAGAGCCCGAAAGCGAGAACGGGACCCGGAAAGGGAUCGUUACCCGUUUUAUUGUUCCAAACGUUACUCUCCGAAGUCCAGUCCGGUGAGACGUCCGCCCAGCCCUCCGCCCUUGCCCGGAAAAAGGUGGGACACGUGGGACGAGGGUCAAGCCCAACGGGAUCCACGAGAGCGGGAUCAGAGCGAGAGAGGCACAGGGAGCAGGCGAGGCUACGACGAUGCCCUUCUCAACAGCCUACUGGAACGUAAAGCGAAAGCCGUCAAGAGCAGCUCUUCAAAAGCGGGACAGGCCGAAGAGGACUCGGACACGCCUUCCAAAAACAGCUCCAAAAAGAGUAGCGAGCGUCUCCGCAGCAGGUCUCCAAGCAACCAGUCACCACGCCAGCGGACGGCAGAGGACAAUGAAUCGUUGCCGCCGUACACAGAGAAGGAACUGGAGCGUUCCCGUGGAGCCGAGUCUGGACGACAGCCUUUCAGCUACACGCGCUCCGGUCACGGCUCCGCGCCAAGCGGGCAGGAGGAGCAGAACCGCCCUCGUAAAGUGAAUAAUCACUGACAGCGCUUCACCUGCCGACUCUCCGCCACUCGCACCGCUAGACAAGACUAACCUACUCAAACCAAGCUGCUCGGCCCGCUCCUUCCGCUCACUCUUCUGUCCUUUCUUUGAACAGAGCACUCUUCUGAGCAGAGACUCGCUUGUAGUUUGAUGUCUCGGACACACGGUGAGGACGUCGCCACGCUUGCAAAAUCUCCACCGCCGACUCACACCCGUCCCGCGGAGCUCUAGCGCUGCGGAAGGCAGGUUUGUGCAGCCUGAACAAGAGGACUGAAAUGUGUUUUGCAGUCAUGUACGAAGCUGUCGAACGUUCCCUAGAAUUGACUUGAGCAUGGAGUAAUUCAUGAGACCUUUCCUGCCAGUUCGAGUAGAUUCGUGUUUGAUGAAAACAUUCGCCACACAGUGGAACGAUGACGUUAACUGAGCACUACCGGAUGUCAAACAUGAGGUUAGCGUAACCGCUUGCACGGUUGCCCAGUCUUUUCAUUCUUAUGUCUAUAAUCUGUAAGUGCUUUGUAUGAAUGGAGUUUUUAUUUUGCAAAUGUUUUACAUUCUGAUGACAUGUAUAUCAUUCAACACAAAAAAGAAGACACUUGUUAACUGCACUUGCUAAUUCAUAUUAUUGCAGAUCUUCUUAUACACUCGUGCUUUUAUCAGUAUUAAAAGAUGCAGACCAUUUAUUUUCUAAUUAACAAAUGAUGAUAUUGUGUAUUUUUGGGGAUGACACUGGUUUUUCUUGCAGCUGACUGCAGUCACACACUUGAGUUUUAGUACUGAAAACACAUCACCAUUUAUUGUGUAAGUCAUCUCCGUCUACGGUACCUUUAGUUGGUGUCAAUGGCCACAGUGUGACGCGUCUGGAGACUCGCGGCCGGGCUCCGCACACGCCGGCGCUGACGUCACGGGACGAUGAGCUCAUCUGAUGCUGAUCCGAGUCCGGUGUCAGUCUCUCGUGCUGGCGAUCGGACUUCGCUAGAUGACGUUUGUGUUGCUCUCGGACUGACGUCUGCGUUCACCUGCAGCGGCUUAACUAAUUACUCUGGUCUUCUUUUGGAAUGGUUUGUGUAAGGUAGAUGUAUUAAAGUGACUUUAUCCCGAUACGUGAGAAAA